AUGUCUGAAUUUGAUUAUUACUUUGAUAGUUAUUCUCUAGCAAAUAUUCACAAAGAGAUGCUGAGCGACAAGAUAAGAACAGAGUCAUAUAAAGAAGCUAUUUUUAAAAACCCAUCGUUAUUUAAAGAUAAAGUUGUAUUAGAUGUAGGAUGUGGCACAGGAAUUUUAUCAUUAUUUGUGGCUUCAUGCGGUGCUAGUCGCGUUUACGCUGUUGAUAAUUCAACAAUCAUUGAAACUGCAAAGAAAAUUGACAAAGAUAACAAUUUAGAAAACAAAAUUACAUUCUUGCAAGGCAAAAUAGAAGAAUUACAGAUACCAGAACGAGUUGAUGUUAUUAUUAGCGAAUGGAUGGGAUAUUGUUUAUUAUAUGAAUCGAUGCUUCCAAGUGUUAUACAAGCAAGAAAUAAAUACAUGAAACCUACAGGAACUAUGUUUCCUAAUAAAGCAGAAAUGAAGAUAUGUGGAAUUGUUGAUGAAGAAUUUUACAAGAGGAAGUUUGAUUUCUAUAAUAAUAUUGCUGGUUUCGACAUGAGCGCAUUUAAGAAAUGGAUGUUUUAUGAACCAACUGUCUCAUCUAUUGAGUCAUCGCAAAUUAUAACAGAUGAAAAAGUCUUUCAUACAUUUGACUUAAAUAAGUGCACAGUUGACGAUCUCUCCUUCUCAUCUGAUUUCAAGAUCAAUCCUCUAGAUGAAAGUAAGAUGUACGGCUUAUGUGUUUCAUUCAACACAACAUUUGAAGGUCCAGAAGCGACGGUUAUUCUCGAAACAUCACCAUUUUACACACAGACUCAUUGGGCUCAAACAUGCUUUUAUUUUGAAGAUCCAAUUUCAAUAAGUUUUGAAGAUGAUAUACAUGGAACAUUUUCUAUGAAACCAUCUCCACAGAAUGUAAGAGACCAAGAUAUAUCCAUUGAGCUUAGUCAUAAUGGCGAUGAAAAAUCUUUGAAAUAUAGAUUAAGAUAA